AUGGACGCUUACUGCAAGAAGAUACAGAAGCUAGAGGCAAAAUUUCAUGGCCUGAAAUUCCAUCAUGUCCUCAAAGACUACAACAUCGCAACAAAUGUCCUCUCCAAGCUUAGAUCCAAACGAGCCCUCGUCCCAGUGGGAGUCUUUGUCCAGGCGCUCAAUAGCCCCACGGUGAAGUUCGAGGAGGAUCCUCCCACCAAGCGAGACUUGGUACCAGCCAAGAGCCAGGAAGUACUUGUCAUUGAGUCCAACUGGCGUGCCCCCAUCAUCGAUUUCGUCAUCCACAACAAGUCUUACCCCGAGAAGAAGGAAUACGAAAAGCUCUCCGGACGAGCUGCCAGCUACGUCAUUAUGGGCAACGACUUGUUCAAGCACAUAGUUUCUUUAGGGACGCUGAGCAAGUGCAUCUCGCAAAGAGACGAAGUAGCUCUACUCAGCAAAAUCCACUUGGGCAUCCAUGCAGGAGCUUCCACCCCGAAGGGAAAAACCUUCAGGUUUGGCUUCUACUGGCCCACGAUGCUCGCCGACGCUCACGACAGCAUCAAAAAAUGCAUGGGGUGUUAA